GUUGCUUAGUGUAAAGAGGAAGCCUGGGUUUCGAGGUGCAGUUUUGGACCAGUUCUUUUGAUACGGGGCUGUAGGCAGCGCGAAGGCGCAUUACCUACUGGGAGUUGUAGUCCCGCUCUCAGGUCCGGUUUGGCAGCAUGCGGUGAAGGCGGCUGGAUGAGGGACUUCAGCCCCCAGGAGCCUUCGCGGUGCCCGGCGCCCCCGUCCCGCGCUCUCCCUAGUCUGACUGGGCAGUGGGCUCCGGACUGCGGCGACCUUUCUGGGACGUUUACUUUGAGUUCCGAGUGCCCACGGGAAAUUGGCAGAGUCUCUUUCUUUCCUCUGCCCCCUCCCCCAUCGGUUCCGAGAACGUUCAGGAAGCAUCUUAUCUGAUACCACCGCAUCACAGUCUGCCUGAACUCUUCCUUGGAAGUGGCCAGUACCCGUGGUAGAAUCUGGGGGUGACCGGGACACCCGUUGCUCCCCCGUCAUUCUGCAGGCCGGGUCCCGGGGUCGAGUUUGGUCUUUGUUUAGCAGAGCGCAGGCGAGGGGUGCGCCUGUGGCUGGAAGAUGCCUCCGUGGGGCGCCGGACCUGAGCUUUUGUUUUGGUUACACUCUGAGGCGUGGUAGCCGCUGGCUGGAUUGGGGCAGACAGGGAUAGAGUCGGGGCUCAUAACCUGGGGACCCUGAAUUUUUGAGGGGAGGAGUUCGGCUAAAAGAUGUGUCGACCUUUCGGAACUGUGUGCAAACGCUGGGUGCGCUUUUCUGCGACAGCAUAGUUUUCAUCUUUCAAGAAGCGGCUCACGACAUCUCCCGUGCUAAGAAAACUGAAAAAAACUUUGAAACCUUCUAGAAGAGAGUUCCGAAAAAUUUAUUUCCCAGGGUAUCCUAGUCUGAUGGCUCAGUGGUGAACUGGUCAGGGCAGGGACUACAGAAACUAGGGCCCAACCUGCCCUGUGAUGCUGAUGUUCACACAUUGAUUCUGGAUAAAAACCAGAUUAUUAAACUGGAAAAUCUAGAGAAAUGCAAACAGUUAAUACAGUUGUCAGUAGCUAAUAAUCGGCUGGUUCGGAUGAUGGGCGUGGCCAAACUGACUCAACUCCGGGUAUUAAAUUUACCUCAUAAUAGUAUUGGCUGCAUGGAAGGGCUGAAGGACCUAGUCCAUUUGGAAUGGCUGAAUUUAGCAGGAAAUAAUCUGAAGACCAUGGAGCAAAUCAACAGCUGCACAGCUCUGCAACACCUUGAUUUGUCAGACAAUAACAUACCCCAGAUAGGCGAUCUGUCAAAGCUGAUGUCUUUAAAGACCUUGCUUUUACAUGGAAACAUCAUCACCUCUCUUAGAAUGGCACCUUCGUAUCUACCUAGAAGUCUUUCUAUAUUGUCUCUGGCAGAAAAUGAAAUUCGAGACUUAAAUGAGAUCUCGUUUUUGGCCUCUUUAAGUGAAUUGGAGCAGUUAUCAGUCAUGAACAAUCCUUGUGUGAUGGCAACACCGUCCAUUCCAGGGUUUGACUAUCGGCCAUACAUCGUCAGCUGGUGCUUAAAUCUCAGAGUCCUAGAUGGAUAUGUGAUUUCUCAGAAGGAAAGUUUGAAAGCUGAAUGGCUCUAUAGUCAAGGCAAGGGACGAGCGUACCGGCCUGGCCAGCACAUCCAGCUUGUGCAGUACCUGGCUACAGUCUGUCCUCUUACUUCUGCCCUGGGUCUUCAAACUGCAGAGGAUGCCAAACUAGAGAAGAUUCUGAGUAAACAGAGGUUUCACCAGAGGCAGCUAAUGAACCAAAGCCAAAAUGAAGAGUUGUCUCCUCUUGCUUCUGUUGAAACAAGGGUACCCCUUACACCUGAGCGCUCAAGCCCUGUUCAAGAUUUCCAGGAAAGCGAACCUGUUCUCCAAAUCAAUUCUUGGGUUGGGAUAAGCAGUAAUGAUGGUCAGUUAUAUGCUGUUAAGAGUAACUUCCCAGCCUCUGCACACCCUACAAGAUAUUCUCGGAAUGACCUUCACCUGGAAGACAUACAGACAGAUGAGGACAAGCUAAACUGCAGUCUGCUCUCUUCAGAGUCCACUUUUAUGCCAGUUGCAUCAGGACUGUCUCCAGUAUCACCCACUGUUGAGCUGAGGCUGCAGGGCAUCAACUUGGGCCUAGAAGAUGAUGAUGAUGUUGCAGAUGAAUCCAUGAAAAGGAUGGAAAGCCAGGACUUGGAUAAGGACAAGGAAAAGCCUUUAUGGGAUACGAAUGAGAGUUCUGUUCAAAUGUUGAAAAGUAAGAUGAGAAAGGAAGUAAAUGAGAAUUCUGGGCUGUUACCUUGUACCAAGUCAGUGCUCAUCAAUGCUAUCUUGAAAGAGGAUAACCAUGGUCUUACAUCUUUCCCGGAGGCAGUUGGACAUAGUGCAUCCCACAUAGACCCAAAUGGUGAAGAAACCAUAUCUCCUACCGCUUCAGAGAAAUCUCCCUGUAAGAUUUUAACUCAGAGACAUGUUGCUUUGGGACAAGAUAAAGUCACUCUUCAGAAACUGAAUGCAGCUGCCACUAAGCUUCAGGCCUGUUGGCGGGGCUUUUAUACCAGGAACUACAAUCCACAAGCCAAAGGGGUACGUUAUGAAAUCCGGCUGCGCAGAAUGCAGGAGCACAUUGUUUGCCUGACAGAUGAAGUAAGGAGACUAAGAAAAGAAAGAGAUGAAGAACGUGUGAAAACUUUUGUACAAGAAGAGGCUGUCCGAUUCCUUUGGAAUGAGGUAAGAUCUCUACAAGCUUGGCAGCAGACAGUGGAGCAGCGUCUAAUUUCCUGGCAAACUGACAUGCCUUCUGUGUCAAGUACUCUGGUGUCACCUAAACCUCCAUUCCCACAACAUCAGGGCCCCUCUUCUGAUCAGAGUUCUGAUUGGUUCCUUGCUGAGGAUGAAGCUCCUCAAGAGAAAUCUGUUCCGGAAUUUCCAGACUCUGGUUUUCAUUCCUCUCUAACAGAUCAAGUUCACUGUUUGAAGGAUUCUUUGGAUUUUGAAAAAAGUUCCAUAGAAAGCAGUGAAAGCUCCAUGUUGGGGAAUUCCACAGACACAGUGAAGCACGGCAGACACCCCAACUUAGAGGCCAUGACUGAGGAACACGGUGACUGUAGCAAGGAAAGCUCAAACAGUGAGCAGGAUAACACCCUGCUCGAGCAGUAUUUAUCUUCGGUCCAGCAGCUAGACGAUGCGGAAGAGAGGACAGACUCUGACGAUGUGGCAGGAGACAGUAUGUGCCACGUAGCCUGUUCUCCAGACGAUGUGGCAGGAGAUAGUACGUGCCAUGUUGCCUGUUCUCCAGAAGGCUUGGAUGCCUCAUCUCACAGCGAGGCGCAUAGAGAAUCUCCCACUUUACAGGAUGGGAUUAGCCAGACACCAGAGAAUUGUGAGUUAAGUGCAGACGUUCAAGGGCAGCCCCAGGAAAGCGAUGCUACAUUUCAGGUGUUACAUGUGGGUGUCACUGUGUAGCAGUGACGGAAACUCACUUGGAUUUUCUUAAUGUUUUCAGUUGCUUCUUUUCUUUUGCAAGGGAGCAAUCCUGUCCCCAUUGUGUUAUUGUUUAUAUGAAAUUUGUAUUCUUGUCCCAUAUUUUUCAGGUUUGAGAUAUUGAGCUAAGUCUUCAUUUUGAUUGUACUAAUGUACUAAGAAUAUUGAUAUUAAAAGGCAUGUGCACUUUAUUUCUUAACAGUUACACCAAUAAUGUUUCUUUCACAUAUUUCCUUUCAAAAAACAGUUUCUUGAAGUAGUUGUGGCAAUUUAAUAGAAGGAUUUGGUUCUUUUUGUUUUGUUUUGUUUUUUCCAGACAGGGUUUCUCUGUGGCUUUGGAGGCUGUCCUGGAACUAGCUCUUGUAGACCAGGCUGGUCUCGAACUCACAGAGAUCUGCCUGCCUCUGCCUCCCGAGUGCUGGGAUUAAAGGAUUUGGUUCUUCUUAACUACAUAGUAAAGAAUAUAAUAUAUGAGGCAUGACUAUAUGAGGAUUAUGAACAACUGAAAUUGGCUGGACAGUCUCCUUGGACUUAAAAUAUGUUUUUCCCCCCUUUGAGUUAAGGAAGGCCUUCUUAUAUAAGAACAUUUAGGGAGAAUAGCUUUAUAGGAGUGUGUGUUCUCGUGUGCGAGUGCUGGUAGUUAAACCAGAGCCUUGAGAAUGCUAAGCAUAUGUUCUGACACUCAACUGUCAACUUAACCCCUAGAUUAUAAUAUUUUUAAGUGGAAUGAUUAAAUUGCCUCAUGACAAACUUUAGCUAUUCUAUCUAGGAUUUUUGUUUGUUUGUUUGUUUUGUGUUUUUGAGACAGGGUUUCUCUGUGGUUUUGGAGCCUAUCCUGGCACGCACUCACAGAGAUCCACCUGCCUCUGCCUCCUGAGUGCUGGGAUUAAAGGCGUGAGCCACCAACACCCAGCAAGGAUAUUUCUUUUUGAUAUGGAGAAAGCAGACCUGAGAUUUAUUCACUUGAAAUAAUGCUGCUUUUUUAGCCUAUGAUAUUUAUGUGCCAAUAGUUUGGGAAGAAAUAUACUGUAAGAAAUCAAUAUGCAUUCAUCAUUAUGUGCUUUGCUUUUAUUUCUUUUUUUAAAAAAGAUUUAUUUAUUAUGUAUACACUGUUCAGUCUGCAUGUCAGAAGAGAGCACCAGAUCUCAUUAUAGAUGGCUGUUAGCCACCAUGUGGUUGCUGGGAAUUGAACUCAGGACCUUUGGAAGAGCAGUCAGUGCUCUUAACCUCUGAGCCAUCUCUCCAGCCCCUCUUGAUUUUAUUUCUAUAUGUAUUCCACUAGAAGGGCCAAAACUAUUCAUUUUUCAGUGUGUGUGUGUGUGUGUGUGUGUCUGAGGUGGGGAGGCGCCCAAAACUAGGGCUCUGUACAUGCUAGUUAAGUACUGUGUCACUGAGCAUCUUAGUUCUUACUUCACUCUUGACUUUUGUUCCAAAGUGAAGAACAUUUAAAAUCCUGCUACUGAUAGAUUGGGAAUGCAUUUUUAAAAAUGAUUUUUUAUCUACUCACUGAAAAGUGCCACAUUUGAAAGACAAUUUAAUUGUGGUGAAGAAAAAAAUAAACCAGGCUGGACCUGGUGAGGUACACCUUUGAUCCCAGCACUUGGGAGGCAGAGGCAGGCAGGCCUCUAUGAGUUUAAGGACAACCUGGUCUACAUAGUGAGUUCCAGGUCAGCCAGGGCUACAUGUGAGACCCUGUCUCAAAACAAUAAAAACAUCAACAACGAAAAGAAAGAAAGAAAGAAAGAAAGAAGGAAUAAACCUAAAAAAGAAUAUAUCUGUGUCUUCAGGAAUGACAAUAUUGAGUUUGAAUGUUGAAGAUACAUCUGUAAAUCAAAGGUGACAUUUGGGAGCUUGGCAUUGUAUCUUUUAGAAUGUUCUGAUAUCAUUAAAUAGCACAGCACGGAUCUGAUUUUUCUAAUUGUGUACAAGCAAUGGUUUAAAAUUCUGGCAAUACUUCUAGAAGUAUAUAAAACAAAAGCUCUGCUCCUUCUAAAAUAAAGUUGAGGACUACAUGGUAUUCUUUGCUGACAGGAACAUUUCUACAUCAUGGUGGCUGUACUUCCCUAGUUUAUAUAGCACUCAGGUUGAAAAGGCUUGCAUUUCAUCCUUAGAAAUCCAGAAUCCCUCGGAAAGGAUGUGUUUUCUGUGUUUAAUGAACAGAGCAACAAUCCUGUCUUAAAAUAUUUUCUCUGAUAUAGUGUGUGUAACAUUUGAAUGUAUGGUGGAUAAAAACUGAAAAAUUUAACUCUGAAUGGUAACUACCUUUUAUAAUGUUGCAUUUCUUUUAAAAAUAUUUGAUUUGUGUGUGUCUGUUCAUAUCUGUGAAAGAGUAUUUGUGAGUGUGAGAAAGUGUGUGUGUGUCAGUGUGUGUGUAUGUAUGUAUGUGUGUGUGUGUGUGUGUGUGUGUGUGUGUGUGGUAGAGUGUGUUUGUAUGUGUAGAGUGUGUGUUUGUGAGAAAGAGUGUGUGUGCAUUUGUAUGUGUGUGAGAGAAAGGAGUGUAUGUGUGUGUGUAUGUGUGCAUGUGUGCGCACACCUGCUGCAGGAGGCCAGAAAUCGGUGCCAGCUCCUUUGAAUGGGAGUCACAGGUGUUUGGGAGCUGUCCAUGUGGGUGCUGGGAUCCACACUCCAGUUCUCUGAUAGAGCAGUAAGCACCUACUACUGAGCCAUUCUUCAGCCCGAUCUUUCAUUCCUUUUUAAAUAUGAGAUAGGAAAUUUUCUUAUUUUUCUAUUUUUGCAGUUAAGUGCCUCAUUUGCUAUCCACAAUAAAAGAAAAACCAUCUUACUUCACUGGUACCAAGACUGUUUCACUACACAUUAAUUUUCAGAAAGAUGGCUGAAAUGCCAUGGUUCAGUUUUCCUGAGUAUGUUCCUGUUAGCUUCUACCUUCUUUCUCUAAGUAAUGGCAGGUAUAGCCAUUUGAACUGAUCAGCAUUGUCAGCAGAAUUUAUUUAUCUUUUGCUUGUUUUUCUAGUUUGAAAAAUGGUAUUCAACAUAUUUUUAUGAAAACCUUGGCAGAAUAUGAUAAUUAUUAAUAUUCUGCUUUUCCUUUUAUUUAUAUUAGAAUUUAGAAGAGAAUAUUAUGCAGCCUACUUUGAGUUGUAGAGUAUCUUGAAUGUAGAUGAAAAUACUGUAAAUCAGAAUGUAGGAAAACUAAGGCAUAGACUUAAUAUAUUUUUAUUGAUUUAUAUAAUUUAAAAGUAAUUUAUGUAACUAAGAAAUAGUAAUUAUGUGACUGCAUUCUUUAUUAGAUUGGCUGAAGAGGCAACAGACCAGGUAAAGUUGGGGGAGCUGAAAUUUGGGCUUUUUUUGACAGGAGAGGUUUUGUUCAGUUGUGCUAUUUUGCAUCAUAUAAAUUCUUUUGAUUAUGGAGUAUUUGAUUAUCAGUUGGAAUUACUGCAGAAGCAUAAACUUGUACCAUGUGAGAGUCAGAAGGAAUCUUAAAAUUGUCUAUUGAAAUUUAUUAUUAUUAUUACUUUUAUACUACAGUUCAAAAGAGGUGCUGGCCUCACAGCAGGGACUGCCAUGGCUCCUUUGUUUUGAGUAGAAACAGAAGCCCAGGGAUGAUAUCCGACUUGUGUAUGGUUGUACAGUCGGUGAAGGAGAAAGUCUCUGCAUUUUAAAGAGAAGGGAGUACCUUUAAUGGCAGAGUUGUAGCAAAUAGCUACUUCUUCUAGAACUUUGAAUGAAUGUUCUCCAAACAAAUGUGACUUCAUUACAAUUGUUUAUAAAGAGCAAUGGUAGCAGUAGGGACUGCUGGUAUACAUUUGUGAUCAUAGCACUUGGAUGUGGAGGCAGGAGGAUCAGGAGUUCAAGGCCACCUUUAGCUACCAGCCUGGGCUACCUGGGAUUCUGUUUCAGAAAGCAGCAAUAGCGAAGUUAAAACUCCAGGAAAGAAUCACUGUCUGGCUGGGUGAUGGUGGCACACGCCUCUAAUCCCAGCACUCAGGAGGUAGAGGCAGGCAGAUAUCUGGGAGUCUGAGGCCAGCCUGGUCUACUGAGAGAGUUCCAGGACAGCCUUCAAAGCUACAGAGAAACCCUGUCUUGAAAAACAAAAACAAAAAACAACAACAACAAAAUCACUAUCUGGGACUGCAUUUAUUUGAUGACAAGCGGUGUUAUAGGAUGCCAAAGUAGAUACAAUUUUCUCAAGAAAUACUGAUUUUGGGUUUCUUGUUUCAUCUUGCCUCUUAUAGAACAACAGACCAGAAUUUUACUCUAAUAAUGGCAGCUGAUAAUAUUCAAGUAGUUUACUCUUAUAUGUCUAAAUAUAAAAGGACACCAUAAUAUGCAUGUUUUAAAAAAAUGUUUGUUUGGUCACGUAGUUGUAUAUUUGUAAAUAACUUCAUUCUUUAACCACAUGAGCGCCCUUCUUGAGUGUAUGUUUUUCCUUUAUUUAUUUUAAAUAUAUGAGCGCCAUAAUAAUGUACUUUCCUGUUGUCUAUUUAAGACAAGUCUAGUUAUACUUUCCAUAAAUACUUCCAGGAAUAUGCAGGCUUUAAAUAUUACACUCUCUCCUGGUAAUUUUUUCAUGUAAAGUAUUAAGAUUGGAUUUUAUAACAAUAUAUUCUUUUCUGAAGUAGGAAGGAGAAAUACAGUCACUGGAUUGUUUCUCAUUCAUAAAGAAAAAGAAAAAACUGUCUUGAUUACAUGGUUGUUUAACGUAUAUUCCUAUUUUGCCAUAUCUGUUUUAAAAGUUUAUUGUAGUUAUGUUUUAAACUUUAAAUACAUAGUGCUUUUUUUCUUUUUGAGACAAGGUCUCUCUAUAAAGCUCUGGCUGUCCUGUAACUCACCGAGAGCAGCCUGCAUCUGCCUCCUGAGUGCUGGGACUAAAGGCAUGUUAGUACCAUUAUUCUUGAAGUUAAGCAGAAAUAGUUUGUAAGAAACAAUUCCAAUUUUUUUUGAGGUGUAUGUGUGUGGGUCUUACUAUGUUGCCUAGGUUGCUCUUGAACUCCCAGCCUCAAAUAAUCUUGAACUCCCAGCCUCAGCCUCCAGAGUAGUUGGGACUAUAGGCAUAGAAACAUUGAAUUCUAAAUUUUAGUGAUAAAGCCUAUUGUGCCAUAUUAAAAUUAAAAAUCAAGUAAACAAGGCCGUCCUCAUAGCCUUGGAAAGAAAUUUAUCACUGUCUUUUUAGGAUGAGGUGCUUUUCAUUUGUGAAUGAAUAGAAAUCACACUGAAUUUUAAUUAUUUUAUUGAUUUUAGUGGCUACUCAAUUCCUUUGAACAUCUUGUAAUAAUUUGUGUAUGGUGCUGGCAUUAUAGGCAAGCACCGUACUAUUUAACUACACUGUAGCCCUGUGUUUUAGAAUAUCACUAAUGUUGGCAAUAAGAGUUUAAUAUGAUUUGAUUUUGUACUAUUUCUUGAUUUUUUUAAAAAAAUGUUACUAUAGUGUAUAACCUAAGAUGGCUGGAGUAUGUUUGAUGAAGGUUUACUAUUUCAUAUUGUACUCUUCAUUUGUAUUGAGUCUGUCUAAUUUUAAAUAAAAGCUUUAUACAUUUGAGUGUGA